AUGCUUCGAGCAGCGCGUCCUCUCACCCGGCGCCCACUGCCGCUGGCGCGCCGCUUCCUCGCCACCCCGGCCGGCCCGAUUGACACAUCCAACCUUUCCAGCUUGCCCGAGCCUGGCUUCAAGCUCAAAGGCUUUACACUACAACGAACCAAGCACGUACCAGAGCUCGAGCUCAGUGCCCUUCAGUUCAAGCAUGAUAAAACUGGGGCGGAAUACCUUCACGUCGCCCGUGAGGACAGCAACAAUGUCUUUGCAAUCGGGUUCAAGACGAAUCCUCCAGAUGCCACAGGUGUACCACAUAUCUUAGAGCAUACGACAUUAUGUGGAUCGAAAAAAUACCCUGUUCGGGAUCCGUUCUUUAAGAUGUUGAAUCGAAGUUUAUCGAAUUAUAUGAAUGCCUUUACAGCGUCAGACCACACAAUAUACCCGUUCGCCACUACAAACCAAACUGAUUACAUGAACCUCAUGGAUGUCUACUUGGAUGCCACCCUAUUCCCUCUUCUUCAAGAAACCGACUUCAAGCAAGAGGGGUGGAGGUUAGGGCCGGAGAACCCACAAGACAAGGAGUCCCCGAUAUUAUUUAAGGGUGUGGUCUAUAACGAAAUGAAGGGGCAGAUGUCGGAUCGGGGUUAUCUAUUUUACAAGAAGUUCCAGGAUCAUCUAAUACCAGAUUUGAACAACAGCGGCGGUGACCCGGCUUUCAUCCCAGACCUGACCCUCGAACAACUUAGAAGUUUCCAUCAGGAUCACUACCAUCCGUCUAACUCGAAAAUAUUUUCCUACGGAAACUUUUCAAUGGAGCCGACUCUCGAAAAACUCGAUGAGAAGCUAUCUCAUUUUAACCAGAUCCCUAUCGAUACAGAUCUCAAAGUGCCUAUUACGAUAAACGAAUCUAUUGAAGUCACGGUCGAAGGUCCAGUAGACCGUUUGUCCAGUGAGACAGAACAGAUCAUAACAUCCUUAAGCUGGAUCACCUGUGACACCUCCGAUGUGGCCGAAAACUUCGGGUUGUUGGUUCUAUCAUCACUAUUGCUAGACGGGUACGGGUCCCCUCUCUAUAAGGCGUUAAUCGAGCGGAACAUCGGUGGUGCAUACUCCCCAAAUACUGGAUACGAUGCUGGUAAUGCCAAGGGGAUCUUUACGAUUGGGCUACAAAAUGUCAAGUCUGAGCACGAGAAGCUCGUGGCGAAAGAGAUUCUUGAUGAGCUGCAAAAGGUUCGACAAAACGGAUUCGACAAACAGAAGGUUGACGGUAUUCUCCAUCAACUCGAAAUUUCAUUGAAGCAUAAAACUGCCAAUUUCGGAAUGUCUUUGAUGCACAGGCUCCAGCCAAGCUGGUUCAAUGGUAUUGAUCCGUUUGAAACUCUCAAAUGGAAUGAAAUAGUUUCGCAGUUCCGAGAAAACUAUGACGAGGGCGGGUACCUAGAAGGCCUUAUCGAAAAGUACCUUCUCAACGGCAAGACUUUCUCGUUUACUAUGCUGCCGUCUCCAACAUAUGAGGGCGGGCUGGAAAAAGCGGAAGCUGAAAGGCUCCAAGAAAGACUCGAAGGACUCGGAGGCCUAGAAAAAGCUACCGAGUUCUUAGGAGCCGAAGAGCUAGAACUUACAGAAGUACAGGAAAAAGCAAAAUCCCAGGAUGCAAGCUGUCUACCAACCCUCCACGUGAAGGAUAUCCCUCGCGCGGUCGACAAGAUUGACUUGCAAGUGAACAAAAUCGAAGAUGUCGAUGUCCAAUGGAGAAUAGCUCCGACAAAUGGUUUAACCUAUUUCCGAGCAUAUGUCAACUUGGAUGGAUACCUCGAUCAAGAACAAAAAAUGCAUCUACCACUUUAUGCUGCCGCAUUGUUCAGACUAGGAACUGCGCGAAAAACAAUGGAAGAAAUUGAGGACCGCAUCAAACUCAAGACCGGAGGGAUUAGUUGUUCACCUUACAUCUCAACUGAUCCCACUAACCUCGACAAACACUCCGAGGGUCUCGUAUUCGCUGGUUACUGCUUAGACAGCAAUGUCCCUGAGAUGCUCGAGCUCUUACGGACAGUGGUCGUCGAAACGUCGUUCAGCAGGAUAUCCAAACUUCAUAACCUUGUCAAAGGCAUGGCAAGCGGGGGUAUGGACGAAAUUGCAGAACGCGGACAUGCGUACGCUCAAGGUCUUGCUUCGUCCUAUUUAACGAAUGCAAGCGUGGCGAGCGAGUAUAUCGGUGGAGUCUCCCAAGUUAAGCUGAUCGCCAAUCUUGCCAGCUCGGAAAUGUAUUUCGGUGCAGUAAAGCAUAUCGAACAAAUCGGGUUAAUCCCACAAAAGAGAGGGAACGAUAUGCGCAUCGCCAUAACUUGCGGCCAAGAAGCUGUAGCGGACAACGAAGCCCAUGUCAGAAAAUAUCUUGACGGUUUGAUCGCUGGAAGAUUAGAACCCAUCAACCCGGGGCUCGGUACAUUGGAAAUCGACCAGAAGAGAACUUUUGUCCCAAUGCCUUUCCAGGUUAACUAUUCAGGUGUUGCACUCAGGACAGUACCGUUCGUCCAUAGGGAUUCGGCGUCUUUAUCCGUUCUCGCGAAGAUGUUGACGCACAAACAUCUCCACCAUGAGAUCCGCGAGAAAGGAGGCGCUUAUGGUGGUGGUGUUGGCAAUAGCUGGCGCUCUGGGCUCUUGAGGUUCUACAGUUAUCGGGAUCCAAAUCCAGUCAAUACACUCCAGGUCGUGCGGGAGUCUGGCCAAGUUGCCGUUGAUAAGGAUUGGACUGAUCGGGAUUUGGAAGAAGCCAAAUUGAGUCUUUUCCAGGACAUUGACGCACCUCGAAGCGUCAACCAAGAAGGCAUGGCGAACUUCUUGGAUGGCGUUACAGAGGAGAUGAAGGCAGCAAAACGAGAAGAGGUCCUUGACACAACAAUAGAAGAUAUACGAGAAGCAGCACAAAAAUACAUCGUCGAGCAAUUCGAUCAGAAACUAGACUCAACAGUAGUUAUCGGAGACAUCAACAACGCAUCUAAAGCCGGCCUCUUUGAAGAUGGUGCUGAAAGCUGGGAAACCUAUGAUAUGGGCGGCAACUCUAAUGCUGCUCCAAAACAAGCCAAGGUGAUGUUGUAA